AUGUUCUCGCGAAACUGCCUCCGUCAGGCCUCGCGGUUCUCGAAAUCCCUUCCCAUCCGACAGACCAUACGGAGAAAUGCCACCGAUGCUUCGAAAGCCGGCUCUGAAGCUUCUCAGUCCGGUCUAACGGCGGCGGCAUAUGCUGCGACCGCUGCGGCUGUUGCUUCCUCGGGAUGGUAUUUCUAUCAAUACGGACCGACAGUACAUGCCCUGUCACCGGCCGAAGAAGGUCUUCAUCCUACCAAGUACCCAUGGGCCCAUACCGGUCUCCUUACCACAUUCGAUCAUCAGGCUCUCCGCCGUGGCUUCCAAGUCUACCGUGAAGUCUGCGCUUCCUGCCACUCCCUCUCUCUUGUCCCAUGGCGCACUCUCGUCGGUGUCUCCCACACUGUUGACGAAGCCAAGGCCAUGGCUGAGGAAUGCGAGUAUGACGAUGAACCAAACGACAAUGGCGACAUUGAAAAGCGCCCUGGUAAACUGUCGGACUACAUUCCUGCACCUUAUGCGAACGACGAGGCUGCCCGUGCUGCCAACCAGGGUGCCUUGCCACCAGAUCUGAGCUUGAUUGUUAAGGGUCGUCACGGCGGCUGCGAUUACAUCUUCUCGCUCUUGACCGGUUAUCCAGAUGAGCCCCCAGCCGGUGCACCCGUUCCAGACGGCUUGAACUUCAACCCCUACUUCCCUGGAACCGGUAUCGCCAUGGCCCGUGUCCUUUACGACGGCAUUGUUGAGUACGAUGAUGGUACCCCGGCGACCACAUCGCAGAUGGCCAAGGACGUCGUUGAGUUCUUGAACUGGGCUGCUGAGCCAGAGAUGGACGAGCGAAAGAAGAUGGGAAUGAAGGUUUUGGCUAUCACGACCGUUAUGUUGGCACUCAGCAUCUGGGUUAAGAAGUACAAGUGGGCACCACUGAAGACCAGGAAGAUUGUCUACAGCCCACCAAAGGAUCUCCAUUAG